GCAACGCGCAGCUCUCGAACAAGCGAGCAUCACACUGCACAGCAGGUGUUUAUAUUUUCUGUCAAAGACGCUUUAUUUAUGAGAAUAAAAUAUAAUGGGAUCAACAAUACUACAAAUAGUAUGUGAGAAAUGAAUAAGUGAUACAGUUUUCCAUAGUAAGGUCACUUAACAUAAAUACAACCUACAAAAUGAAUUUCUCACCGUUUGGAGGUCACUUUUCUGCAGCGUCGAUACCAAUACAUCAGUUUGCAGCAAAGUUCACUCACGACGGCAAUGGCGGCGGGCUGCCACCACAGGCGGUAGGAGAUGCGGGUGGCGCGGGAGCGCGGUACCAUUCGAGUCCCGGCCCGGCGCACUUCAACCAGCACCACCCUCCUAUCGGCAUGCCGGUCAACAUGGGUAAGUACCGCGAAACGAACGGUGCUGGCGGCCAGCCGCAGGUUGCCAACGUGAUGAACCCCAACUCGAAGUACCACCAAGGCGGGCACCACUACGGCGGCGUGCCGUACGGCCAGGCGAGCGGCGUGCAGCAAGCUCCGCCGGCAUCCCCCGUGGGAGACAAGCGGCAGGCGUACCACGGGGACGUGGGGCAGCCCCAGGACUUGUGCGCCACGCUCAAGGAGCUGAAGAGAGAGGAGGACAAGGAAGAGCGGCCGGGCUCGGGGGAGGUGGAGUACAACUCGAUGCUGCACCACCAGCAUCACGGCACGCAGACGACCGGCAUGCCCGCCACGUGGCAGAGCCUCGCCACGCCCGGCUCCACCGUCGCGGACUACCUGUCACAUCUGCCUGCCUCCACCCUGCCCAUAAGCCUGCACCACUUCCUCAAGUACUCGGCGGAGAACAUCAAGAAGGAGCAGGACGCCAACACGGGCGGUGCCGUGCUCGGCGUGUCCACCACCACGCCGGGUGUGAUGGGCGGGGCCCCCACCGGCCCGGGCACCAAGAAGAAGAAGAAGAAGAAGGUGCCGAAGGAGAAGAAGCCGCGGCCGCGGCCCGGGGAGAUCCGGCUGACGACGGCGUUGGACGGCUCCACGCUGUACUGCUGCCCCGAGUGCCACAUGGCCUACCCCGAGAAGGAGCUCUUGGAGCAGCACCUCAUGGGACACACGCUGGAGCGCAGAUUCGUGUGCGACAUCUGCGGGGCGGGCCUGAAGCGCAAGGACCACCUGACGCGCCACAAGCAGAGUCACAACCCGGAGCGCCCCUACGUGUGCACCGUCUGCCUCAAGGCCUUCAAGCGCAAGGAGCAGCUGACGCUGCACUUCGUGAUCCACUCGGGGGAGAAGCGGCACGUGUGCACCGAGUGCGGCAAGGGCUUCUACCGCAAGGACCACCUGCGCAAGCACACGCGCAGCCACAUCGCGCGCCGCGUCAAGGCGGAGCUGAGUCAGCACGCCCCCCAGCCCCAGCAGGGGCCCCAGCAGCUGAUGGGAGUGCCUGCGGAGCAGCAAGCCCCGCCACUGCUCUCCUGAAUGGCGGCCAAUGGGAACUAUGCCAACGUUCCCAGCUUCCUCAACUCGGAUCUCCUGGCGUUUGUGUCCGCUGCUAAGGAUGCAUUCUAAACUCGACACGUUUUAAGUGUCACGUAAACUCGGCAUGUUUCAAUGUCACAUAAACUCGGCAUGUUUCAAUGUCACAUAAACUUGGCAUGUUUCAAUGUCACGUCUCCGACUGGAACGUUUACUUGGCGUCCGGUCGAGCCAAUAUUAUAAUUGCGACCCGUUUGCAUAUCGCGUCAUUGGACGUCUAAAGUGCGCCAUGGUUAGUACUGGAGAGAUUUUCGUACAAUGCAAGCAAUUAGAUGAUAAUUCAGGGUGUGUUUUUGCAUGGUGUAGAAUAAUAUGAUCAAAUCUUUUUAGCUAUCUCUUGUCUUUCGCAGUUGACAAGCUAUAGUUUUUAAAAAAUUACCAUUGUCAGGUUGAAAAUAACAUAAAAGUUCUCUCUUAGGAGAACUUUUAUAAAUGUCUGCAGUGUGUUCAUCCAUAUACUUAAAUAUGUUUACCUGACUAGAUACAAAGUAUGGGCCAGAUACCAGUCCUCAUAUUGAAUGCCUUUCAAUUCCUGUAUUAUUUGACAGAUCUGUGCUGCUUCGAACCUUCCUCUACUUGUAAAUGGGUUAGUUAGAAAUAACUAGUUGCAUUGAAGAAGCAUAAACUGUGAUAUUACCAAAGAGGUUUGGCGUACACUACAGUAUUAGAUAUGUAAAUAUGCAUGCAUACACAUAGUCUAUUAGUUUGUGGUGUGUGUGGGUAAUUUUUUUUUUAUUUGACAUGACAAAGAUUUUACCAAUUUGUAAUUCACAUUUUACAGCUGAAAAAGGUCUGCUGUAGGCAUCUGUGUGAAUGCUGUAGAUGUUUCACAUUGAUAUUGAUAGUGAGGUAUAGGCAUUGUUUUCAAUUGUGAUACUGGUUUCUAGAGAUGUUAACAGACAUGCUUAUUUCCUGGAUACUGUAUUAUGUUGUUGCCUCAGUGAACAGAGUGGUGCAAUGAGCAGAUCCCAUGCCUUUCCACCAGGUUAUCGGGGUUUAGUCCUCGUGAAUUCCUUUGUGAAAUGUGGUAGGCAUCAUGAGGUGGUGGGGUUUUGGCCAGCAACUCCAGUACACUUUCUGCAAACAUCUGCACCUUCUGUACUGUCAUACCUCUGUCCUUGUGUCACACACUCCGGUACCAGUCCUGCCAGCAUCUGCACCUUCUGUACUGUCAUACCUCUGUCUCUUGUGUCACACACUCCGGUACCAGUCCUGCCAGCAUCUGCACCUUCUGUACUGUCAUACCUCUGUCUCUUGUGUCACACACUCCGGUACCAGUCUUGCCUGCAUCUGCACCUUCUGUACUGUCAUACCUCUGUCUCUUGUGUCACACACUCCGGUACCAGUCCUGCCAGCAUCUGCACCUUCUGUACUGUCAUACCUCUGUCUCUUGUGUCACACACUCCGGUACCAGUCCUGCCAGCAUCUGCACCUUCUGUACUGUCAUACCUCUGUCUCUUGUGUCACACACUCCGGUACCAGUCCUGCUAGCAUCUGCACCUUCUGUACCAUCGUAAACCUGUCCAUUGUGUCACACAUUUCAGUACCAAUCCUGCAAUGUUCUGAAAAGAGACACUUUAAUGUUUGAAUAUACUGCUAUAGCUGAAAGUUUUAAAAUACAUAACAGCAUCAUUAUAUAGCAGGGUGGAGUGGAUAUAUUCCGUUGUAGGUACUAAUGCAUCCUGCAAAACUAGAGACAAUACAAAUGUAUUCCAGCUGUAUUAUGCCACAAUGGAUGUCUAAAAUACAUUAGAAAUGCACACAUGUGAGUUUGUAUUGAAAUAUUAAUAUUAUUCUUACUGUGGCAGAGUUGAGACUAAUAAGUAUUAACUGUAUUUGCAUUUUAUAAAAUGGAAAAGGCUGCCCAUUUGAUUAAUUGAAAAGGCUUAAAUCAGUAAAGAGAUACGUAAAAUAAUCCAAUCCCUUACUUUGCACAUUUUAAAAUUGCUUGAUUAUUUAGUGAUAUUAAUUUUACUGUCUCGUUCUUAAAUAGCACGUCUGCAAAUUUCAGUUAGCACGAAAUAGUCAAAUAGCCAUAAGGAAAAAAAAAACGGCCAUGACGCCACGAAGUCUGCUUCAACUCGGUAAACAACAGAUGUACUUAUCGUGGCAUACAGUUAGCCAUACGCGCGCAGGUCUGCCUACGUCAUUGGCUGUUGUACAAACAUCAGCUACGGCAAGUUCAGUUGCGGCUAUUGGGUGUAAAGGACCAAAUGUUUUUACAUCCGCGCGUAUGUUGCCGGGCCAUGAUGCAUGUCAGUCUAGCCAGUGGCAGGGAACUCGCAUGCUCAAACACAAAGCAACGUCUGCCCAUUUGUCUGCCGGUAACUGUACGUAUGCAAGCACCUGCAGUUGGAAUCAUGGCUUCCUAGUGAGAGCGUAAUGCUUCAUGUUAAAUUAUUUGAGUUGUGACAUAAUUAGAAGUAUUACAGCGAGCAGAAUUUCACGAAGGCCACAGUUAUGUUGGUCGCACAAUCGUACAUAUCGUAAAUAAGUACUCUAUCAAAAGUUUAUAUAAGUCUGAUGCUGUAAGUUGUACUAGCGGGAAUAUAUUUGACAUUAGAUACCGGAACAGAAAUGAAUGGAUGAUUCACAUGGAAAAGGUUGAUAAAUGAAUGGUGUAAUAAAAAAAAACUUGUCCUUACAGGAUUGGUGUGAACCAAGUGGUUAUACACGAAUAAGCACUUUAAUAUUGAAGUACAUAGCCACCUAUCUCCCUUUACGCGAUGUCGUAUUUGUCAUACAAAGUGUUCGAUGGUAGGAUUAUGAAGAUAAAUGGUGUGAUGUAUUUAUCAUUGAAUGUUAUUCUAUGCUUUUAUAGUACGUGGAGAAUAUUUCCCUACACAUUUCGUGACACAUUAAGUAAAUUAAUCACGCUAUUUGUGAAGACUGAUGUUUCAAAAUACGCGAUGAAUGAAAUGAACAUUUUUUGGAAGGCAUUAGCGGUGCUAAGUGAGGGAUUGGUGUAGUCUCCACGUGACUGCCCAGUUGAAGUGUCUGCCGGGGCUUGCAUGUAUACCGUAGUAGAGGCAAGACACAGCUCUUUAACACCCGAUACCGACUAAUGUAUGGUUGUCCCUGUUGGCUGUAGAAGCUCCUCUGGCUAGACUCAUCCCUGUUGUUUGUUGAGACCAACGUGUGCAUGUUGCCCCCCGCUCUGUUCGGCUCACCCUCCGUGGACGGGGAUGACGGUGUGCCAGAGCGCGAGGGGAACACAAUAUGGCGAUCGCAAUGCAAGCCCUUGUCGGUGCUGACAUUCAUGUGCUUCAUGUUCUGUACCCUAGCUUAUGAAACAUUCAUUUUGUGCAAACAUAGAGGUAUGUAUUUUUGCUUUAGUGGUUACCUGCAUCAGGUCUCUUUGCUCGGCAUGAAGUUUUUACCUAAGUCUUCCUGGGUCAUUCUGACUGCUGGUGCCACCUUACUGUCAACAUUUGACAUGCGUGUACUGGGUCGUUUAGAAAAGAGUUGCGGGUUCGAUCCCACGCCUCACUGUCACCAAGUGGCUUUCCAAGUGAUUAGAGCUCAUCGUGAUGACUGCGUCCCGGUCUUCAUCUGCAGCACAUCACUGGUAGGCUGCUGUUAGUCUGUGUAGGGCACAGCUUCCUCGCCUCACAUUCAGUAAAGACGUGAAAGAGCUCAUGAAGUAUUCCCUAGUUAUAGUUCGUUGCCUAGUCCUGCGAGGGGGCUGCUUGCGGGGGCAGCCCGAGCCCUGGGACGCGUCUGGGAAACACGAGUAUGUGGAUGAACACUCGCUGCGACAGAUGUGCUUAUUUUUCUACGCAGUAGUUGUAGUUCCGAGCGUGCGGCAGGAAGCUCGCCAGCCAGGGAGGUUCUGCCGUCUCACGUGUGCUCACGUCACCGGUGUCGCCUGCUGGUUCCUGGGCUCGACUGUGAUAGUCAUCAACACUGAAUCAUCGUUUAGUAUUUGAAAUGUUGUGAGACCAUUAAAUGAAUUAAAUCACUGGUGAUAUAAUCAAAAUGUUUGAUCAGUAUAUUUUUGAUUAGUAUGGCUGUAAUAUAGAGAGUUCUGUUACACAUUUAUUUCACAAGUCUAAAAAUAUUUUAUUUGAACUUUACGGAUAUUUUUUAAACUUACUGUAAAUGAUGAUCCUUGGGGAUUUCUAUGGAUUGUAUAAAAAGAAUGCAGCCCUAAAAAUAUAAUUGUAUAAAUUAUGUUAACGUUCAUCGAAUGUCGUAACAUUCGGGGCAGGUUCGGCACUCUGCCAACAUCCUUCAGCAGUCUAGGCACGCUUUUGUGCUGCGGCUCUCUCAAACAUCUAUACGUUUGUGUUGUGUCAGCUACUUUGCUUUAAAGCAUGUAUUGUGAUUAUUGUUUGAGUUUGUUUUCUUUGUUGGCAACUGUCAACAAGUGGAAAAUAUCUAAUUUCAUGGCUCGGAGCAGAAAGUCUUGUCGAACGUUAUCUUCACAGUUGGACAGCCACCAGUUACUGAUUCCAGGCUAUGAUAUUUAUACUAUCCACAUGUUGCCAUUUGUAAACAAAAAUAAUUGGGUCUCAGAAAUUAUUUGUAGUGCUCUCAUUGGUGAAAUUGGAAAUGAACUCUGUUCUGCUGGGAUUGGUGUGUGAAAGAACUAAACAGGUAAUUGUGCAAUUGUGAAAAUCCUUGCUUUUUUUGCAAGUGUUACAUGCUAGGGAUAUUGGGGCUUAGCAUAUAAUUUUCUAGAUGUGUGUUUGAGCCUUUAUACGUGGGUGAAGUGAAGUUCAUGUGGACCAUAUCCCAUAGUAUUUGCACUAAUGGAUGCAAGAUAGUGUUGCAGUAGUUUCGAAUGCCAAGUUUGAAAAAAAUGUUUGAUUGGUAGGGUCCAGAUUUUUUAUACUUGGAUAAUCUAAAGUGUAGGUUUUCAACCAAUUCCCAUUCAUAACGUGGGUAGCAGACAUUCUGCAGAACAAAUGUAGCCAGAAAAUGUAAUGAACAAGUUGAAUUUUAAAAUCUACAUUUAGGUUUUGGGGAAUGACGUUUAACAUAUAAAGUACAUCUUUUGUGAUUUAGACAUGUUCAGUUUGAAUACAAAUUGUAAUUGAGGGUUGCAUUCUUUUUUUAAAAGCCUGUGUAUAUCCCACAGCAUGUUGAUAUUACAUCAUUGUAUAGGUUCCCUCUGAACCUUUAUCUGUUGUGACGUCACAAUCGCUGGCUAUGUAUGAUUCAUUUCCCCCGAGCGAUCCCAAACGUAACUGACAUGUUGCAGCUUGUUUUUUAGUGCCAUCAAUUCUAGGUUUAGUUUCUCUAAGCUGCUGCGACUAGUAAUUUUAUGCUUAGUUUUUCCUAAGAAAUGGUCGGAAGAGCGUGACGUGUUCUCUUGGGUGUAAGCAUGUGGUUUUUGAGGCUGGGCCUACGGAAUUUAAUUUUGGUAUUUUAUUUGAGGUGGUUUCUGUACAGCCUAUGAGGAGGAGAGCCCUGUACGGUCGUGUCGGCGUACUUAGAGCUACUGUACUUUGCUUGCCAUUUCCAGCAAACAGUGCAAGACUGAAUUAGAGUCUCUGCUAUCGUGAAACCCUUGUAAAAAUGUGAUAUAAUUUAACUUAUUUAUUGUACAUGUGUGAAGUGAUAGAAAUUGUUACUGUGUGUUUUGGUGUAAUUGUAAGAUAAAGAAAGGUGCUGUAGUUGUUACAUCAUGUAUGCACUUGAAUCGCUAUCAAUUAAAAUCUUGAGUUGGUUUAGUUUGUAACUGACUUUAUAGUACUAUGCAGAAUUGGUGCGAAUGCCAAUGCUUUGUAUGCUUAUCUCGUGUUAGCCUGUACAAAUCUAAACAUUGGGAUACCAGCAGUGAAUCUGAAAUUAAUUUGUGUUUUAAAUCAUUUGAGUUUGAACAGUUGUAUUGUGCCAGAGUCAGGUAGCUUCAAGGUAGAGCCAUCCAGCUGUGAAGUAGUGCGCUACAGUUUUGGGAUUGCUAGCAAACAUUUUUCAUGUUGGUUGUGAUAACCUUCCUAAUUAUUUUAUAUUUAUUGAGUUUAAAGUGUGCCAUUUUUUUUUUUACUUGUAAGUAGACUAGUAUUCUUUUAUAUAUAUUUUUAUUUUAUUUUACAAGGUUGUUUCUUAAAGUGUUUUGUAAAUUUGUACUUUCUAAUCUCACCUUUACAGAGAUUUCAAAGCCAAAAUACUCACGGAAUAGUGCUAGGCACAGAAAAUAUUGUUUUAGAAAACAACUUAAAAUAAGAAUAAGAAAUAUUGUGUUCUAGUAUGCACACACAGGGUGCAAUGUAUUGUAUUGACGUGAUUUUCAAUCCAUGAAGAGUACGCAUAAUUUUUUAAUUACCAUUUUGUGCCCAUCAGGAUGUAAAUUCAUAGUGAAGGUUCAUAUUUUGCAGUAGUUUCAUUGGAAUACAUAAUACUAACUGUUCAUGGCUAAUUUUGAAGCAGUGUAUGAAUUAUUGUAUUUGGAAGAAAAGGUGUGUUAAGUUUGAGCCAUCUUUUCACACUUAUUUUUUAAUCUUUUCACAGUAUUAAUAACUAUUGUUAGCACAUUGGGAGCUUUAUGUAUGCAUGCUGGCUUAGACAUUGUUUGUAUAUCAUGUCAGAAUUUUAUACACACUAUUUCUUUACUGCGUAAAACUGUUUUGUGGCAUGUGUUUCGAAACCAAAGUUUCAUAGAAGCAAACACAUUUUGUAUGUUGAUGUAUUUUGUGCCUUCGUUUAAAGAAAGGUAUUUCCAGUUGAGAGUGGCAGAAUGUGAGGACCGCGCGUUACGGCACGCAAGUGCAGGGCACGCGAGACCAGAGCCGUGUCAGCGUGUCUGCCCGGGCCCCCUGGCUGGUCACCAGUCACGGGAAACUGACAUUCCUUUCUCACUAGCGACUCAGUUGAACUGUCCCCUCCUUUCUUACUAGUGACUCAGUUGAACUGUCCCCUCCUUUCUCACUAGCGACUCAGUUGAACUGUCCCCUCCUUUCUUUCUAGCGACUCAGUUGAACUGUCUCCUCCUUUUCUUCUAGCGACUCAGUUGAACUGUCCCCUCCUUUCUCACUAGCGGCUCAGUUGAACUGUCCCCU